AUGCAACUAAGUGAAAGCAAAAUGCUGAACAUGAUAUUUGCUUGGGUACUUGUUAUUCAAAUUUUUUUCUCCUCUUUUUGUUUCUUCUUUCCCCCGAUACACAGCAGCCUUCAAAGUACUGACACUAAACAUGAUAAGGGUUUGAAUCUGAUGUCUCGAAUUUCAAUGCCGCCUUCUCCGGCACCAAAGGCUGUUAGCCCAAGCUACAAUCCUACCACUAUUUUCAAUGUAAGAUCUUAUGGUGCCAUUGGGGAUGGUGUUACUGAUGACACACAAGCAUUCAAGCUGGCUUGGGACACGGCUUGUCAAACUGAAGAUUCAGAAGUUCUUGUUCCUAAAGGUUCCUUUAUGAUACAGUCUACAAUAUUCACAGGGCCAUGUAAACCUUGCCUCAAAAUGCAGAUUGAUGGGACACUAAUGCCACCAGAUGGACCUGAUUCAUGGCCAAGAAAUAACAGCAAGAGACAAUGGCUUGUUUUCUACAGAAUCAAUGAAAUGUCAAUGCAAGGAACUGGUGUAAUAGAUGGGAGAGGAGAGAAAUGGUGGAACCUUCCUUGCAAGCCGCACAAAGGUUUUACUGGAACAACACAGCCUGGUCCUUGUGAUAGCCCAGUUGCCAUAAGAUUUUUCAUGAGCUCUAAUCUGAGUGUGAUAGGACUCAAAGUUAAGAACAGCCCCCAGUUUCAUUUCCGGUUCGAUAACUGUCAAAACGUCUACAUAGAAUCACUUAACAUAAAAGCACCUGCUCUAAGUCCCAAUACAGAUGGAAUUCACAUAGAGAACACAAACAAUGUGAAACUAUAUAAUUCAGUCAUCUCCAAUGGUGAUGACUGCGUAUCAAUUGGAGCAGGUUGUUAUAAUGUGGAGAUUAGGAAUAUUACUUGUGGUCCAAGUCAUGGAAUAAGCAUUGGAAGUCUUGGAAUUCGCAAUUCUCGAGCAUGUGUUUCGAACAUUACAGUUAAGGACUCAAUCAUCAAGCACUCUGACAAUGGGGUUCGAAUCAAAACUUGGCAAGGUGGAUCAGGGUCUGUGUCAAGAGUAACAUUCCAAAACAUUCAUAUGGACACCGUUCGAAACCCGAUUUUGUUAGAUCAGUACUAUUGCCUCACCAAGAAAUGCCCUAACCAAACCUCUGCAGUUCACAUAUCAGAUGUUUUGUACUCAAGGAUAAAAGGUACAUAUGAUGUGAGAAGCCCACCUAUGCAUUUUGCUUGCAGCGACUCCAUGCCAUGCACAAAUCUCACUCUCUCUGAAGUGGAACUGCUUCCUGCCCAAGGAAAAUUUGUGUCAAAUCCAAUUUGCUGGAGUGCAUAUGGAACAGUGCAGACCCUUACAAUUCCACCAGUUUUCUGCUUGUUGGGGGGCACUCCAGAAAUGUUGCCACAGAAUGGUAAUGAAAGGUGUUAA